AUGGAGAGAAAGAAUACAGCCUGGAAUCUAGACUUCUGUAAAACAGAUAACUCCAACUUUUCUAAAUCAGGCAUACCCCGUGGACAGAUGAUGAAUGGUACAUGCAUAAUUUUCAUUUGCAACAGAAAUCCUAAGCUGGAGUGGUACUGUUAUUUGCUGAUUCUGGUUUGCCUUUUCACUUUAUUAACAGGAUUUCUAGGCAAUAUGCUUGCACUACGACACUAUGUUUACUGCAUGAAGACAUGGACUACCAAUACCAUAUUUCUCUUUAAUUUGGCAUUGUGUGACUUUACUUGGACUCUCGUGGCACCUUUUUCAGUAUAUUAUAAUAUCCAGAAGUUUGCUAUCUAUUUCAGUCAAGAGUUUUAUCAGAUCAUAGGACUAUUUUUUAGUAUUAAUAUCUAUGGAAGUGUGUAUUUCCUGACACUCAUCAGUUUUGACAGAUACAUAGGUGCUGUUCAUCCCAUCAGCUCAUUGACAUGGUGGGACAAAGAAAAGGCUGUGUUUUGCACCAUCGGGGUUUGGAUCUUCAUAGCGAUUGCAUCGGGGCCUGAGAUUUACUACACACUUGCAUCUAGAAGACAGCACAGCAUCACGGAUCACCCGGAUAUCACUGAAGAACCUUUACAAUUUGCCGUGCCAUUCACAGUCUCCAAAAUUAUUCUGAGAUUCCUAAUUCCAGCCACAGUCAUCUUUACGUGCUAUAUGUUGACUCUCAAAGCGUUGCUGCAAUUCAGUAAACGCCAGCAAAGAAGGAACAGACUUGUUAGGCCUCUCUUACUGAUUUCAGCUGCUAUGGUUGUGUUUGCUGUUUCUUUCUUACCUUACCAUGUCAUGAUGAUGGUGAUACUAAUGUACAGAAUUAAUUGUCAACCACCCUGUGGGAACAUGGGCACAUUAAGUGCCAUUUACAAAGUCACAGAGAUCAUCUGCAGCAUCAACAGUUGCCUUGACCCAAUCAUUUUUACAAUAGCAAAUAAGACAUUCUAUGAAAGAAUUAAAAGUAUAAAAUGUCAUCCCAAAUGCCAGUACUGCUGUUGUCUGACAGGAAGGGUAAGGGACAUCACCCUGUCCCUGAGAACUAUGACUUAA